CACAGCCUCUACAAUAGCACGAACCACUGGCUGCCACUCUGCUGGUGCCCCAAACGCCACCACUACAAACGCCAGCUUUUCCUCUUUUUCGCUUUUUUUCCUUUUCUUCCUCUGCUUCCCCCUCUUUUUCUUCGCUUGUACAUUUUGCCGGUGGUUUCCCUUCCUUUAUUUUUCUUGCUCUUCUUCUUCUUCCUUUACGUUUCGCUUCUCAUCGUCUUGCCGUCGCCUACUUUCGUUACGUUGCUGCUGCUGGUUACAUCAACCCCAGCGCGCAUGAACUGGUCGUAGCACUAGAUAUAUCGCCACAAGCACUAUUGCAGCAACCUCACGUGCUUUCGAAUAUUCUACAACGCGCCGUUAUUGCCCUUCUACUCUUCCGCGGCUACAGGCGUCAUUUUCUUCAGGCCAGAUUUUUUGGAUUUCUUUGUUUGUGUUUCUCAGUCGACAGAAUCACAGCCAUGCGGCUCAGUUUCGUUGUUGGUUCGGCCCUGGCUGCCGUCCCAGCCGUCAUGGCCCAGACCGAUUUACUCACGGAGUUUACCAAAAUCCCUUGCACAAUUUCCUGUGCUAGUGCGUUAACAACUACCAAGUGUUCACUCACGGACACGGCCUGCAUCUGCGCCGAUCAGCCUCUGCAGGAUGCCGUCACAGCAUGUAUCGUCAAAUCGUGCCCUGUAAAAGAUGCUCUAUCCGUCAAAAACAUCACCGUCACAGCCUGCCACGUUCCCGUCCGCAACAGAGAGCCAGAGUACUCUCUCGUCAACACCGUCCUAGGCAUAAUAUCUGCUUGCUUCAUCAUACAAAGAUUUGCCUAUAAGCUGUUUGCCAAGGUCGAUUUUGCGUGGGAUGACUGGUUUGCUUUGCUUACCAUUGUAUCGGGCGUGCCCUCGACAAUUAUGAACGCCUAUGGCCUCGCUCCCAACGGCAUGGGCCGCGACGUCUGGACGCUCAAUCCUGAUCAAAUCACCAAAUUCGGAUACUUCUUUUACUUUGUAGAAGUCUUGUACUUUUUCCAAGUCUCGUGUCUGAAGCUUUCGCUGCUCUGCUUCUAUCUCCGCAUCUUCCCGGAUAAAAAGGUCCAGCGGCUGCUCUGGGGCACAAUCAUCUUUGAUGUGCUCUUUGGUAUUUCCUACAUAUUUGUUGGCAUUUUCCAAUGCGCUCCUAUUUCUCACUUCUGGACCAAAUGGGACCGUGAGCAUCCAGGCUCUUGUCUGGACAUCAACUCGAUUGGUUGGUCCAACGCUGGUAUUAGCAUUGUACUGGAUGCGUGGAUGCUGGCCAUCCCGCUCUGGCAGCUGAAAGAUCUCCGUAUGAGCCUCAAGAAGAAGCUCGGAGUCGCUGCUAUGCUCUGUGUGGGCACUUUUGUCACUGUUGUGAGCAUUCUGAGAUUACAGUCUCUUGUGCAGUUCCGUUCAGACACCAUUAACCCUACGUGGGAUUAUGUCAAUGUCGCCAUCUGGUCUGACGUGGAAGUCAACGUGGGCAUUAUCUGCAUCUGCAUGCCCUCCCUUCGAUUGCUGUUGACUAGACUCUUCCCCAAGGUGUUUGGCGGCAGCUCCAAUGCUUCAUAUGUCAACUACUCACACAGCAACUCGCGAUCUCGCACCGGCGGGUCACGGAAGAACGCUCCAGUGACACCAAACUCAGCGUCGUACAGUGGUAAUCACCGAAACUACUCGACGCCAAUUCAAAUGAAGACGUUUAUGUAUCAAAAUGCGGAGGCCGGCCAGUCGGGGGAUGUGGAUGAAAAGGAUCUUGUACCAAAACGAAGCCCGCAAGAAUUUUAGACUCACAAAAAAGGCAACUUAUUUUGUGCAUAAUUUUUUCGAUUAAUGAAUACUAUAACGACAUAAUUUAUA